AUGGAUACUCUUUACGUGCUUAAGGUCAAGUGCCGCGGCGUCCUUCGUCGCAUCUCUUCUCGUCGCUCCCCUCCGGCGUUCGACCACGUGGACGGUCAGAUUCGCAAGCUCUUCAAGGUUCCCGCCGACAAGCCAAUCACCGUCACGUACACGGAUUCCGACGGUGACGUCAUAACGAUUUCCACGGACGAGGAUCUUCACGACGCGUUCAUCUACCAGGAGCUCAACCCGCUGCGCCUCGAUGUUGCCGUGGAGUCCCUGCCGGGCGCUGACGAUUUCGUCGAUGUUUGCAGCCUUGACGGGUCUGUCUACUCGUCGUCGUCGUUCGGCGGAGAUGCUACGCCGUCUGCUCCGGCCGUUCCAUCCGCGCCGUCCGCGCCGUCUGCUGUUGCUCCUUCUGCCGUGAAUCCCACUCCCGCUCCUCUUGCUUCGGAUUCAGUCGCCGACUCCUCUGCUGCUCAGGCUGUUCCUGUUCCUCCUGCUGUUUCGACCCCUGCUGUUGACGAACCUCCUCCUGCGCCUGCUUCUGUCCCCGCUCCUCAUACUCCUCCCGCUCCUGCUCCUUCGCAGUCCGUUCCUGCUGCUCCUGACGCCUCUGCCAAUCCCACCUCGGGCUCCAUCCCUGAGCCUGCUCCAGCUGCCGCUGAUGCCGCUCCUGCUGCCGGCCCCAGCUCGCCACAGCCCACCAAGCAGACUGUGCCGGAGGAUCCCGAGGAGGCGUUUGAGGCGAAAGUCGCGGAGUUUGCAACCGCGGUGGAGAAUCAGAUUUUGAAGGCGCUGGCGUCGGGCGGGCAGCUGGAGCGCAUGCUGGCGCAGUACGGGCCGAUUCUCAAGGACGCUCCUGGGAAGAUUGCGCAGGUGCUGGCGACGGCGCGGCGGAGCGGGCUUGACGUGGUGUUUGAGCCGAUUCUGGAGAUGCACCACCGCCGCCAGCAGCAGCAGCAGCAGCAGCAUGGGGGGUACAGCGGUGGUUGUGGGUCUUCUAAGCCUUCCACCUCGUCUGCUUCUCCCGCGGAUUCUGCUGCUGCUGCCGCUGCUGCGGAUUCUGCUGCUGCUGCCGCUGCUGAUUCGGCUGCUGCUGCUGCUGAUAUUGCUGCUGCGGUUUCGGCUGAUGUUGCCGCUGCGACCUCUGCAGUGGCUGCUGCGAUUGCUGCUGCAGCAGACGCGCUCGAUCUCAAGCCUACUUCCUCUGCUACUGCACCUGCUCCUGCUCCUGCCCCCGCUGCUGCUGCUGCUGCUGCCACGGCUGCUGCUGCUGCGUCGGCCUCAGAUUCUGCGAGUGAGAGUGGCAAGCCGGUGCACUACGGUAUCACCUGUGACGGCUGUGACAUGCGCCCUCUCAAGGGCAAGCGCUACCGCUCCCUCGUGAAGCAUGACUACGACCUGUGCGAGGCGUGCUACAGCAAGGAGGGGUCCAUCGCAGAGCACUAUGAGUGCAUCGACAAGCCGUUGCCUGCAAUUUACUGCUGUCCCAAGGAUUCUACCACUGCUGCUGGCACUGCUGCUGCUUCUGCUCCAACGGCAGCAUUUGCCUCUGCUGCUGCGCCCCAGGGUGGUGCUUCGCAGCAAGCGAGUGAGGCUGCUAAGCCGGUGCACUACGGCAUCAUCUGUGACGGCUGUGACAAGCGCCCUAUCCAGGGCAAGCGCUACCGCUCCCUUGUGAAGGACGACUUUGACCUGUGUGAGGCGUGCUACAGCAAGGCGGGGGUGGUGCCGGAGCACUAUGAGUGCAUCGACCGCCCUCUCUUCCGCCCCUCGCGCCUGCAGCACAUGGCCGCUCAUGCCGCUGCCAUGGCUGGCAUGCAGCCGGGAGCAGGUCGCCCUUUCUUUGCCCCGCGCCCGCACUGCCCCUUCUCCCACCACUCCAUGCCUCACGCAUGGGGCCCCGGGUCUCCUUUCAACAAGCACCUGCACCACAUGCAACAGCACCACCAGCACCAGCACCCUCACCACCACCCCGGCAACACUGCUUUCACCGGCAGCAGCAGCGUGGGCGGAACCGUUGGGGGGGCAGUUGGGGGGACGGUGGGGCAGCUGCAGUAUGGCAGGGCGCAUGGGAGGCUGCUGGACGCGCGGUUUGUGAGGGACGUGAGUGUGCAUGACGGCAAGGAGAUGGCGCCCCUCACCCGCUUCACCAAGAUCUGGCGCCUGCGCAACAGCGGGAGUGUUCCCUGGCCGUGCGAUCUGCAAGUGAUUCAUGCUGGCGGGGAUUUGCUUUCAGAGACCAGCACUGUGCCUCUCGAGUUGCCACGAGGGGGCGUGUACCCUGAACAGGAGGUUGAUGUGGCGGUGGACAUGGCAGCACCUGCCCGCCCCGGGCGGUACAUGUCUCACUGGCGCCUGCUGGCUCCUGGAGGCCCCAAGUUCGGUCACCGCUUCUGGGCCCAGAUCCAGGUCGUGGAGGCCAGUGCAAUGGAUGAAGAGCCAGCGCCUCUCCUUGCUGCUGCCCCUGCUGCCGCUCCUGUUGCUGCGUCUGCGCCUCCUGUGCCUGCUGCUGCUGCUGAGUCUGAGUCUCCCUCCCUGCCUGAAGCCGUUUGUGUGAAGGCCAGCCCGAGUACGGACGCAGAGAACGUACUAGCUGAUGCUACUCCAGUGGAAGACGCUGCUGCUGGUGCUGCUAUUGUGGAGCAGGCAGGUGCUGAGGAGGCUGUGGAGGAGAGUGGUGCGGUAUCUGUCGUGGAAGUAGCAGAGGAGGAGGAGGAGGUUGGGAGUGCUCAGGAGAAGCAGGAGGAGGAGGAGGAGGAGGAGGAGGAGGAGGAGGAGGAGGAGGAGGAGGAGGAGGAGGAGGAGGAGGAGGAGGAGGAGGAGGAGGAGGAGGAGGAGGAGAAGGUUGAAGUUGCUGUGCAGGCGAGUCAGGUGGUUGAGAAGGAAGAAGUCAAGGAGGUGAAGGACGACGUGGAGGUGGUAGAAGAGGAGAAGCAGGAGGAGGAGGCGCAGGAGUGGGAGGAUCCGAUUAUCACUGCGAUCCGCAACGCUGCUGACAACGUCGGGUCGGCAGCCACUGGUGCUGGUGCUGCUGCCGAGUCUGAUGUUGAUGCAGCCAUGGCUGCUGUGGGCGAUGUGGUGAUUGACGUCGCCCCUGCCUCCGUUGAACCUGCUGUGCCUGCCGUGCCUGCCGUGCCUGCUGCUGCUGCUGUGGAUGCAGUUGUUGCUCCUGCUGCUGACGCUGCUGCUGCUGCUGCUGCUGAAGAGGAGUGGACAGACCUGCGCACCCCUUCGCCUGCAGACGACACCGCCAGCUCCACCAGCACCACCACUGAUGCCACCACCGCAGAGACUAUCCCCCCUGCCCUCCCCGCUUCAGACGUGUCUUCCGCACUCCUGCCGGCCCUUGCCUCAUCCUCCUCCGAUGCCGCUUCCGAUGCCUCCUCGUCUGUGUGCUCCCCCAGGGCGGAGGACACUGCUGUAGGCAGCUUCUCUCUGGUGAAUGUGUCCUACCCCUCCAUCGCCUCCAUAGCAUCUGUUGUGCCUGUUCCCGCUGCUCUCACGCCUGGUCAGUCGCUGUAUCCCUCGGUUGAGAGCAUCGGAGUGCUGGUGCCUGAGGCAGCUCCUGCUGUUGCGGCUGCUACAGCUGCAGUGGCUGCUGCUGCUGCUGCUGGAGCUGGUGCUGCCAUGACGGAGGAUUUGCUCACAGGAGAUGACUAUGUGAAUGUGUCUGCGCCUGUUGUGCCCGCCGCUGUGCCCGCCGCUGUGCCUGCGCCUGCCGCCAUGCCGUCGCCUGCUAGCUUCCUGGAUGAGGAAGAGGAGAUUGAGAUGGAAGCCCCGCCGCUCGUUGUCAACUCGUCCGCUCCUGCUGCUCCCGCCGCUCCUGUUGAGGCUCUUGCGCCAUCUGCACCUGCGGUGCCCGCUGGGGGGAGGUACAGCAGCCAGGUGCAGCAGCUGGUGGAGAUGGGGUUCCCCUACCCUGCUCUGAAUGGCGAGCUGCUGGAGUUUACUAAUGGGAACAUGGAUGAGGUGGUAACCAUGCUCGUGAAGGUUACAAUGGAGUGGCAGGAGAAGAUGGACGAGCUGGAGGAAAUGGAUUUCACGGACAAGGAGAUGAACAUGCGUCUGCUGCUGAAGCAUGAUGGCAGUUACAAGCGUACUGUGCGCGAGCUCGUGGCGCUUGACAAGGCCAGCAGGAAGGCUGGCAGGGCGGAGCGCGCCUAA